AUGCCGCCGAAAAAAGCUGGAAAUUCUGCCAGCAAGAAGACGGAAGCGAAAAAGAAGGAGAAAGUUAUAGAAGACAAAACAUUUGGGUUGAAAAAUAAAAAAGGAGCUAAACAACAAAAAUUCAUCCAACAAGUAGAAAAACAAGUCAAAAGUGGUGGAAUUCACCCAGCUAAGCCUGUGGAGGAUAAAAAGAAAGAUAAAGAACAGAAAAUGAAAGAACAAAAGGAACUUGCUAUGCUAUUUAAACCAGUUCAAACUCAGAAGGUUGAAAAGGGAAUUGAUCCCAAGUCGGUUGUGUGUGCAUUCUUCAAACAAGGACAAUGUACAAAGGGUGAUAAAUGCAAAUUUUCUCAUGAUUUAACAAUUGAAAGAAAGGCAGAGAAACGGUCAUUAUAUGUGGAUAUGCGGGAUGAUGAUGAGGAUAAUAUGGAUAAUUGGGAUGAAGACAAACUAAAAGAAGUAGUUGAGAAGAAACACGGUGAAGGCAAUAAGCAAAGGCCAACAACAGAAAUUAUUUGUAAACAUUUCCUAGAAGCUGUAGAGAAAUCCAAAUAUGGUUGGUUUUGGGAGUGCCCCUCGGGUACGAAAUGUAUAUACAGACACGCUCUGCCCGCUGGCUUUGUUCUUAAACGAGAUAAGAAGAAGUUGGAAGAGAAAAAGAACGAGAUAUCUCUUGUUGACUUGAUAGAAAGGGAGCGUGCUGCAUUAGGACCAAAUCAAACUAAAAUCACUCUGGAAACUUUCCUAGCUUGGAAGAAAAAGAAGAUCAAAGAGAAACAAGAAGCCUACACUCAGGCAGAAGAACAGAAACGUAAUGACUUCAAAGCGGGCAGAGCUGUUGGUUUGUCUGGUCGUGAGAUGUUCUCCUUCGACCCUGCCCUCGCAGCUGAGGAUGAUGAUGAUGAUGAGACCUUUGACCUUCGUCAUUAUGAUGAUGAAGAGGAGGAGCAGGACAUCAUGGAGUAUAGGAAUAUCGAGCUGGACCUCAUUGGUAUGGAAGCGUCAGAGGUGGACGGUUCUGGUACCAAAGCAACAGAGGACAGAUUAGAACAGCUGGGUAAAGGCUUAGAGAAUGGAGAAGAAGAAAAGUCAACAGAAAGUCCAGAAAAUGCAGUCCCUAUUAAUGAAAACCUGUUCCUUGACGAAGAUCUGGAUGAAGAACUGCAGAAUUUAGACCUGGAAGAU